GUCCGGAGCGUCUAGACUCAGAGGACGCCUGCUCAGAGCUGGCCCGAGGCCCGGCCAAUCGAUGCCUCAGUCAGCGGCUGUCUCUGCCAAGAACACCCCGCUAAGGGGCAGUUAACAUAUCUCCAAAGAAUCUUAUAUGGUCUUUCAAGACGUGGAUAAUGGGAAGCCUCUGGUGGUUAAGCAUAGGCCAAGGAAUCUUCCUACGUAAGGUAGAAGUUCGUCUGUCUGCUGAGGUCUGGUUCGAGUAUCAGCAUCACUGCUGGUUCUAUUCUCUUCAUGUCUGCUGAUGAAAUGGGCAGAGUAUCAGGGCGCGUGUUGCGCGAGCGAGCCAACAUGUCCUUCUGCAUCGUUGUCAUCUUCUUCGCCGUCUUCUUUGUGAUCGUCCUCACCGAGAUCUUCCUCAUCGACCAAAGUAGCAGAUCCCGAAACCGUAGAGGUCACUCUAGAUUAAGAAGCAAUUACGACGAGGCAGUUAUUAUAGCACAGCAUGGGGAAGACUAUCUGGUAUAUCAGAACCUCGCGGAAGACAGUAAGAACUACAAAAGUAGUUACAUGGCCCAGAAUCCACUUCUGCCUUAUCGAACAUCUACUGCCAACUUGACCAUUCCGGCGAAAGAUGGAGUUUGGCAGUCGGUAGCAGGUACCAGGUACAAGUUCUUCGUUUUUUCUGCCUAUUACGAUUGGCGUGGUACUCGGAUGGUAAGAAUUAUGGCAGCUACGAAGACGAGAGGACCAGACCGCGUCUGGUGUCUUUUCUGGUACUCUAAAGCCAACAGCACGCACGGGAUAACUGUACCUGGUAAAAUAAAAGCAAUCCGAGAGAACUGGAACUUGAAGUACAGCGCCUGCUUCAUCCUGUGCCCCCUGCAGCCCGACCUGUCCCCGCCAAAGUCCGUCUCCAUUGUCACCAGGUUAAGUCCCACUCCAGCCAACAGGCUCGUGGUCAACCACUACUACCCAAGUCUCAAGCCGACCCCUACUUCACCCCCUGGGAAGAUCGAAGUCUGCGUCAAGCCAAUCCAUUUUUACUACAACCAGUCGCUUAGAAUGCUGGAGUUCAUCGAAUUGAACAGCCUGCUGGGAAUGGAUCACAUAACAUUCUACAAUGACACGAUGAGCCCGCAGAUAGACUGCAUCCUGCAGCACUACAUAGCAGAGGGUAAGGUGACCGUGUUGCCCUGGAGACUGGACAUGGCUUCCCAGAGGGAGAUCCGAACGGAAGGCCUCUUCGCGGCGCUGAACGACUGUCUCUACAGGAGCAUGUACAAGUUCAGCCACGUGGCCCUCUUAGACUUGGAUGAGAUCGUUAUGCCGAGGCACAAUGACACCAUUCAGCAGUUCAUGGAGUGGAUGGGUACACGUCUUAAUACGAAGUCUACAGGCUCCUACUCCUUCCAAAACGCGUUCUUUUAUCUGCAAUGGCCCGACGAUGAAUCUCUUUCUGAAGAUCCUUUCGAAAACAGCCUCAUAUCAAUGACGAAAACGAGAAGAAGGGCGAAACUCCAUCCUCAUAAGCAGAGGUCAAAGUACAUCUGCCGGCCAGAGUACGUGAUCGAAGCUGGCAACCACUUCGUCUGGGAGUUCGUACCAGGGCAUGGUACCGUCAAUGUGCCAUCAGACGCCGCGAUCCUUAAUCAUUAUCGAGUCUGCGAAUUCGGCGGCGACGAUUGCAUUAAAUCGGCCUCUGUGCUCGACAGGACUGCCUUCCGCUACAGAGAAAGGCUGCUCCACCGAGUCAAAGAAAGGUGGACACAGCUAAGCCAAAAGUGUUCUCUUCAGCAACCAAUCCCCAAGAAGAAGAUACCGAAGAAAGUAAAACCUAAAACGCCAAGCUAGCAAUAAUAGGACUGAUGUGUCGGGUGAAUCAUUUCAAUCUGCAGGUUUUCGAUAAUUCUUGUAUUUUUACCAAGUUAAAAACUUUCUAGAACUAAUAAGCUAUAAGAUUGAAAACCUGGAGAUGUAUUAUCGAUUUCAUGUGAGGGUUGUUUCGUUGAUUUUUCAAAAUUUAAAUAUCACUUUCUUGAUUUAUUUUGACUAUAAUUAUUUGUAUAGAUCAGUUGCUGUGAUAUAAAGUUAGACUGUUAUUUUCAGUAUAGUUUGGUUCUUUUUACGUCACAUAGGAUUAAGGACAUUUUUAUUAUAUUAUCAGAACUUGGUAUCGAGAGGAUGAGAAAAAAUAAAAUUAAACCUUUGAACAUAUUCAUUAAACUUAUGUAAGAAUAAUUUUAAUAACGUACUAGUAUUACAAAUGAGACUGUAAUGUAAUUAUGUAACUAUGAAUUUUUAAAAUAAACAAUAAUAAGGAUGAUACUGCCAAUCAGGUAGACAUAAAAAGGUAGAUAUGUAAAAUACAACAUAGUUGUACCAUUUAACAAAAGCAUGGUGAAAAUGCAUGAAAUAUACAAUAUUUGUGAUAAA